UCCCGAGCGCUGCUACCGAUUUCAUCAUGGUCCAAAUUUAAUUACCUUUUAUCAUUAUAAAAAAGAAAAUCAACUCUCAACAAUACAAUACACAUAAUCUGCUGCUCGUCUUCAUCACCAUCAGAUUUUUUUUUAAAAAAAAUUCAACCCUACCGUUCUUGCUUCAACCUCUCCUCCCCCGCUUCUCUCUUCUUCCUCUGAAAAUAGACGUCAAAAACAGGAUUAAUUCGAGGAGGAAGAACAAGACUGAGCUUUUCCUUGCCAUCUCUUCAUUAUCUGAUUUAAAUCCACCCCAAAAUCACAUCAUUUUGCCUAAUUUGGAUCAUUCUGCGCUUGAAAGGGAAACUAAUAGAGCAUUCGCUGCUGUAUUUUCACCUGAGCUAUCUUUUAUAGUUUAAACCACUUUUCAAUCCUUCCAUCUCAGUUCUUAAAUUUCUGCAUUUCCUCAAGAAUGCAGUUUCAUCUUCCUUUUGGUUGAGAAAGUCAUGAGCUCUGCUAAAUCCUAAAUUGAAACUAAAAUAUGUGAGCGAGGUCUCCCUUUUCACAUUGCAAGCUGCCUAAACAAUCCUUGACCGAGAGAAUGUUUGGGUCACAAACUCAGAGCGAGAUCUCUUAUAGAUUACCUUCCCUUAUAUAUCAAUGGAAAAACACCAUGAUCAACGCUAAAAGCUCUACCAAAACCUCACACAAUAGCGGCAGUUCAUGGAAGGCAGCCAGAGUCAAUGUCAAAUUCCAAGAUCUUUAUGAUUUCACAGUAGAGGGUAACAUUGAUGAUGUUAAUGUACUGAAUGAAGUGAGGGAGAGGGUGAGGCAGCAGGCAAAGGUGUGGUGGGCUCUUGAGGCCAGUAAGGGUGCAAAUUGGUACUUGCAACCUCAGAUAUCUUCCAAAGGAGAGGGCAUCAGCGUGGCUUCACUGAAGCUUUCAGUGCUUACAAACACAAUUUCUCUAAGAAAGCUUAUAAGGAAGGGUAUUCCUCCGACUCUGAGACCUAAGGUGUGGCUCUCAGUUUCAGGUGCAGCAAAGAAAAGAUCAACUGUGCCUGAGAGCUACUAUGAAGAUCUGAUUUUGGCUACCCAUGGAAAGGUUACACCUUCAACGAGACAGAUUGAUCAUG